CACCCUCCUCUAGGUUUCCUGUCUUGCUCAGGUACAUUGUUUAAAGACUGCAGCUUUGAAAUGCAUCUGGAUGAGACAGGACCGGAUCAUACUCAAAAUUAAAUAGUCCACUUGGCAGCGAGCAAGAUUAAUUUUAUGGCAGGAUGUCUCCUCCAUCAACAAAACUUCUACUGAUUUAUACAUCAUUCUUAGCUGCAACUGCUUACAAGCUCCCACUUAUGGAUGAAUCCCCUUUGGCUGAUCAUAUGGAUAAAUUACUAAAGAGAUCAAACAGUUCUCCCCUUGGCAUAAACUACCAGCUGAACUGGGCAACAUCGGACAUAUUGGAUGAUGCAUCCCCCAUUUUUUUCCGCAUGAAAAGAGAAAUGAAUGAUGCCACAUCAACUAUCAGCUCUGAAAGUACCUCAGAAUCACCACUGCAAGAAUUCUCUGAUAGCACCGCACAUAUUCUGGAGGCAGUUAGUACACUUCUUGAUGAAACUCAGACCAUGGCUCUCCUUAGUAGAGAUGACACCACCCCUUUUAUGGAUAUUGAGCAGACAACGAAAGAAGCUGGAGAGAAGCUUGGGGAAGUAGAGACAACACGCCUAGAUAAAUUAGUAACAGAAGUAAGAAAACCAUCAACCACUGACUCUACGCUAAUUCCCACCACAUCUGAAGAAUUAUCAAUUUUCACAAGUAGUAAACCUAAUAAAGGCACUACAGUUAUCCAAAUCCACUCAACAGAUAUGCAACACACAAGCAGCAUACAGACUAGCACCAGUCAGAAACUGUCGGAGGAUACGCCAUUUACACCAGUUAUGCACUUAAAUGAUAUAACAACAGAACAUAAUAGUACCAUUGGAUGGAUUCCAGUUUCCUCUGGCUCCUCACAGGCGAUAGUAACACAACCACGCAUGACUACAUCUUCAGAAGACAAAAUACAUACCCAAUCUCUAAUGAAACAAUGCAUGAUAACUAUUCUCAUUCUUGCUGUUGUGUGCACUGUCUUCAUUGUCACUACGAUCGCACUUGCUGCCAAAAUUUCUUCUCUGAAGCAAAAACAGAAGCGUUACACAGCCAGCUACACAGAAAUGAGGUGUAUCUCUUCUCUGCUGCCAGACAGUGACCAGCAGGGAAAAGCAAAGCCUAAAAAACUGAAGACAUUUGGUGCCAAUAUAGAGGAGAACGAUGAUGAUAACACCACCCUUAAUAGCUUUCUUCCCGAAUAGUGGAGUAACAAGAUGUUAGCUAAAAGACAUGUUUCUUUACAUCUUCUAGGAUGAGUACUAGAUCAUAACUAGUGCACAACAGAUAUGCUUAAUAUGUAUUAACAUCUUGUCUGCCUGAGUGGGGGAGUUAAAACUCUCCCCUCCGGCAGUCCCUGCUAGAAUACACAGGACAUCAGCCUAGUGCUGAUGUACUGUGUCUCACUCUCAACCCCGGCUGGCUCCACUGAGCAUGUGCGAGAUCUUGCUACUAUCGCAAGAUCUCCUGUGCAGUCAAGAGCCAGCAGCUGCCACAGACAGGGACAGAAUUAUUCCUGCUAUAGAGAUAGGGCAACAUCACCUGCAGCUGUCGAAAUCAACUGACCGUUCAUACAUUGCCCUGCAUAUACGUCUGCUAUCUUUUAGUUCGAUACGGUAAUACAUGGGGGAGAAGUGCGUUGAUACCUCUUCCCCCCCAUAUCGACCCUUCUUACAUCUACCCCAGGGUUCAUUAUACUAACCUAAAUAAAUUUAUCAUGGUCUGUUUAAAUUCUGUUAGGGUGGAGGUGUCACAGGGGGUCAUUCCGAGUUGAUCGUAGCUGUGCUAAAUUUAGCACAGCUACGAUCUUCUUCCCUGACAUGUGGGGGGACGCCCAGCACAGGGAUAGCCCGCCCCGCAUGUCAGUCCGGCCCCCCGUCGCAUAAGUGCAAAGUCAUCGCACAGCGGCGAUGCCUUUGCACUUCGAGAGUAGCUCUCGGCCAGUGCAGCUUUAGCGUGCUGGCCGGGAGCUACUCAUCGCUCUCCGGCCCGCAGCGGC